AUGGAUGAGACCAAUGAGCUGGUGGCCAUAAAGAAGUUUAAAGACAGCGAGGAGAAUGAGGAGGUUAAAGAGACCACGCUGAGGGAGCUGAAGAUGCUGCGGACGCUGAAACAGGAGAACAUCGUGGAACUCAAAGAGGCUUUCAGGAGGAGAGGGAAACUCUACCUGGUCUUUGAAUAUGUGGAGAGGAACAUGCUGGAGUUGCUGGAGGAACUGCCUAACGGAGCACCACCUGACAAAGCCAGGAACUACAUCUACCAGCUGAUCAAAGCCAUCCACUGGUGCCAUAAGAAUGAGAUCGUACACAGAGACAUCAAGCCUGAAAACCUCCUCAUCAGCUCUGAGGAUGUUCUCAAACUCUGUGAUUUUGGCUUUGCCCGCAACCUGUCAGAGGGAAGUGAUGCCAACUACACUGAGUAUGUAGCCACUAGGUGGUACCGCUCUCCUGAGCUACUGCUGGGGGCCCCCUAUGGUAAAGCUGUAGACAUGUGGUCAGUGGGUUGUAUCCUGGGGGAGCUGUGUGAUGGCCAGCCUCUGUUCCCAGGGGAGAGUGAGAUAGAUCAACUCUUUACCAUCCAGAAGGUCCUGGGUCCUCUACCUGCUGAACAGAUGAAGCUCUUCUACAACAACCCUCGCUUCCAUGGACUACGGUUCCCCUCAGUGAAUCACCCUACAACCCUGGAGCGGAGGUACCUGGCCAUCCUGAGUGGCCUCAUGCUGGAUCUGAUGAAGAACCUGUUGUUGCUGGUCCCUUCUGACCGCUACCUGACAGAACAGAGUCUGAACCACCCAGCCUUCCAGCCCCUCCGCCUCCUGGAGCAGCCCGCCCCAGCACCACCCUCCCCUAACCCCCCACGCUCCUCCAAGAGGAAGCCCCACAGCCACAUGGACAACACUGUGCCCACCAGAAGCCACGGCAGUAAGAGCUCGGGUCACCGUCACUCUAACAGUAAGGAAUGUUCCAGCCUACCUCGCCAUGGCGACCUUCACCUAGGCAAUGACAGCUUCCUAAACGGCAACAAGCCUGUUUCGUCCAGCCUGAGCCCCACCCUCCACCCCAAGGCUUACAUGACCCAGACCCUCAACCGCUCCAUGGCCUGUAGUAAGGACUUGGUCAACAACAACAUGCCACACCUGCUCAGCCCCAAGGACACCAAGGGCACGACACAGUUUGACUUCAACCUAGUUGGUGUUGGGCCCCCAGGGGCCAAGGCUCCUGACCAGCAGGGCCCUGGAGCCAUGUACGUGAAGUCCACCUCCCGCUCUCAGCAGCAGCAACAGCAAGGGCAGGGACGACACUCUUCCUUUCUGGAGGGCAAGACCAAUACCAUGGAGAAACAACAUGGCCGCCAUGGUGGACACAACAUAGACUCCACCCACAGCUCCUCCAAGAGUUCCAGUUCCUACCUGAGCCUGUCCAAGAGCCACAGCGCCUUGAGCAACAAUGCCAAGUCUGUGGGUGGUAACCUUGGAGAUGGGGUGAGGGGCGUGCACCCCGGACCUACGGCAACCCCUGGAAUCUCCGCCCGCUUCUUCCCUGCCAGCUGUCUGGACCUGAACCUCAAUGCCCCCCCUGGAAGUCCCCAGGUCCCCCGCCACAGCGAACGCCACUCUUCUGGCCACGCCCCCCCUGGAAGUCCCCAGGCCCCCCGCCACAGCGAACGCCACUCUUCUGGCCACGCCCCCUGGAAGUCCCCAGGCCCCCCGCCACAGCGAACGCCACUCUUCUGGCCACGCCCCCUGGAAGUCCCCAGGUCCCCCGCCACAGCGAACGCCACUCUUCUGGACACACAUCCAGCCACACCGGCCACUCCUCCGGCCACAGCCCCUCGUCCCGCGGCAACAACCCCCCACACAAAGCUCCAGAGGAGGCCUUGGCCCCGGGCCCGGAGCUCCUUGACCCAGGAGGAGAAGGGGAUUGUGGGGGAACCACGGAGCUCACACCCUGGCCUCCCCCAUGAGUCCUACCCCUACGGCCUGGGCUACACCAGUCCCUUCUCUUCCCAGCAGAGGCCUCACCGCCACUCCAUGUACGUGAGGAGGAGUGAGCGCCACAGGUCCCAUGGAGGUGGGGGUGGAGGGGGUAGUGAGGGGGGCUUAAUGGUGGGUCAGGGGUUGCCCACCAGGGCUAGCAGUCUGCAGAUGCUCUCCCCCCAGCUUCAGCACCGCACCCUCACCAGACACCCCGUAGGACACUCUGUGGGAUCGUCCAGAGAGGACUGCACUGAAGACACGACCAGGAGUGAGCCGUCUUCUAAAGAGGUGGUGACCUCUCACCCCCGACCCCAGAUUAAAGACUCCACGCGGGACAACCCAGCCUCCUUUCACUCACAACGCCCUGCUAAGAACGAGGUACCAGUGGGGAUGUACCAUGAGCCCCACCCCGAGGACCCAGUCUCCUCCAAGGAGAACCGCAUGAUCUUCAGUGACUCCAUGCCCAGACGGGUAGGAAGCUUCUACAGAGUGCCCUCUCCCAGGCCAGACAACUCCUCGUCCUUCCAUGACGGUGGGGCUCAGAGGGAGAGCAGAGGACCGCCGGUGCCAGGGGACCCAGGUGUCAUGAACAACCACUCCAAACGCCAGACUGCCUUUGACUGGAGUACUGCAGAAGCAAUGGUGAUGAACCAACCAGAGCCGGCCAAAGAGAAGGAGAAACAGGGCUUCUUCAGAUCGAUGAAGAAGAAGAAGAAGAAACCGACCAAUCCCACAGACAGAGUCGACGAUGGAAGGAACCCCCGCAUCAAGAAAGGCCUUUUCCCUCUGUUUAACUCAAAGAAUAGCUUAAAGCAUACUUCCUCUCAGAAAGCUCUUCCCGUAGUGCCCUCGCCCAUGCUGCAGCAUCAGUCUACCACACCCUACUCUACCUCACCAGUUCCUGGUGAUGGCCAGGACAACCUGUUUAUCCAGAAGGGGACCAAGUCCUCGUCUUCCUCUCACCACGGCAGCCGGCGGAGGAACCGCGAACGCUCCCGGGAUAAGGAUCGUGAACGCGAGCAGAGCCGAGAUCGCGACAGAGAAAGAGAGCGAGAGAGGGAGAGAGGGAGACAGAGAGAGAGAGUCGGUGACUGGCCUCAGGAGAAACAGAACCAACCCCUGAAGUCCCUACGCAGGCUCCUGCACCUCUCCCCCUCCUCCUCUUCCAGCCAUCCCCCUCCUCCUUCCGACCUGCGAUUCCAGCACCUCCCCAACCCCCCCACCUCCUCCUCUAAAGGGGGAGUGUUCAGCGACGGGAGAGGUGACGGCAGGUCCCACCAGGGACAUCCUAGCAGCAGCAGCUCCAGCUCUGGUCAGUCUAAGAGCCACAGGAAGCAGAGUUACCCUCUCCCGGGGCAGAUACAGGGGCAGAUGGAGUCCAACUGGCACGCGGCGGCCCUCGCCAGGGCAGAGGGGGCUCAGCCGUACCCCGACCAAAUGGUCGCUAACGGGCCCACCUUUACCAGACCGUCAAGGUCACGGAUGCCAAACCUCAACGACCUGAAAGAGACAGCCCUGUGAGGAGAACAUGGAAUUAGAAUUCUACCACAUGGAAUUAGAAUUCUACCACAUGGAAUUAGAAUUCUACCACAUGGAAUUAGAAUUCUACCACAUGGAAUUAGAAUUGUGCCACCCAUUGACUUGAAUGGGGAUAUCCAUUCUAGGAAAAAAUGUCUAUGGAGGAGACGUCUCUCUGCCCUCAAGGGUCGUCAUGUUGAUUAGGCACCAAAAUGGAACAAAACAGACUGAAGCAGGGAGGGACAAGAUGGACUACUGUCCGAUGAGAAACGCUUAUUUUUUUGUGGUGCGUUGCGAAGCGUUUUGUAACGUUUUCAAUUGUGUGCCCUAAUGAAUAGGACUCUGGGCUCUCACUACUGCCGCCUGCUGGCCGCCAGACGCACAUAGGACUAUAGUUCAGAAGGUUAUACUGUAUCUCUCUAAGUUCAGGACUAUAUGACUGAACUGGGAGGUGGACUGACUGGCUGUAAAAAUCUGACCUUUUUUGAUGCUUCAAACAUUUGAUAGAAUUUGUAUUGAUAUUAUAUUAUAUUAUUCAUGAAAUUCCUUUUAUUUGAUUUAAAUUAAAUGACUUUAUUUAACGAGACGUAGGCCUAAAUGGAGAUUUAAUAAGUAUUGUAGAAUUAAUAAUUGUGUAAUAUUGCAAGAGCUUUAACAAUAAAUGUAAAAAAGAUUAUGAGAUUCUAACUAUAUAUAUAUAUAAUAAUAAUUCAAUAUAUUUAAUUGUGGAGGUUUUUCAUAAUUUCUAUUGAUUGUUGUUACAGUAAAGCCUGUUUGUUCUGUCUAUUUACUUUGUGUCUUUAAUGUAUUUAUUGUAUCUGAUUUGACACAGAGUUAUGGAGAGAUAUGUACGACAGAUGGACAAAGACAAAUGAUAUAAAGUUAUAAUGUAUGAUAAAAUAAUGAGAUACC